AUGCCUCUCAAGGACGGAAUCUACAUCAUCUCUAGCACUCUCUCGGGCAAUCCAGUCCUUGAUAUUUAUCAGGCGGCCAACCCCUUCAACGGCCCCAUCAACGGCGUGGUUGGUUUCACGAGACAGACUACGAAUAACCAACAUCAGCAGUGGGUUGUAACCUCUCUUCGCCGGGGUGUCUACAGUCUGGGAUCCGUCAUUGGCAACGCUUGGAUCACUGCUCCCGUUGAUGGUAGUGUUGCGCAGCUCGACACAUCCGUAUACAACCCCAUCUAUAACGAGGGUACCCGUUGGAAAAUUACCAACAUCCAGAAUGACACCUACCAAAUUGAGAGCGUGCAGUUCCCAGGCCGUGUGAUAGAUCUCGAAUAUGCUAGCUCUGAUGACAACACUGCUGCUAUUCUGUAUCCGAGUCAGCAGUCCCCCAACCAGAUCUGGAAAUUCAUACCUAUUGCGAUAUAG